UCUACGUAAUCUCGUGAAGAAGCCUACUUAAAAUAUUAUUCACCAUUAUAAUAUUAAUAUCGUUGUUAUUAUUGUCAUUAUUAUCGUGUGCUGGAACGUAAUAAUAAUAUUAAUUUAUUCGCUAUGAUUUAGAGCGCAGGUACUAAACGUAUCGUCACUGUUAUUGUUAUUAUUAUCAAUAAUCAUCGUCGUGCCGUCGUUUCACACUUUAUGCGUCCGUCCGUUUGCGUACAAUAAUACAUUACGCGCCUUCGUAAUUAAUCGAACCGCCGCCGUCACCGCCUCCGUCGUCGUCGUUGUCUUGCCACAGUAAUUUAUCGCGUCCGUUUUAAUUGGUUUCCAUCUCGAGAUGUGGCGUACGAACAACGGCGAUUAGAGCGACACCACAGAAAUCGUUUUUGGGCAGAUAGAUAUCUAAUGCAAUAAGGAAACAUCAUUUAAUAAAAAUGGCAGGAGGAACUAGCUUAGUAGUUCCAAUAGUUUUAUGGGGUAAAACACCUUUAACACAUUGCAUUUCAUGUGUUUAUUUAUCUCCGGAUCAGCGAACACUAGUAACUGGAUGUUAUGAUGGGCAGAUAUGUCUUUGGUCAGUAUCUCCAGAAACUUUAAAGAUGACUCCAAGAUGUUUAUUAGUUGGUCAUACAGCUCCAGUUCUAUGUCUUGCACAUGCCAGUAUUAUUGCUGAUAAUGCAUUUUUUGUUAGUUCAUCUGAAAAUGGUGAAAUGAGUACUUGGGAUAUUGUUGAUGGAAAAUGUAGAGAAGUUACAAAAUCAAUUUAUAUUCAUACAAACAUUCAGGCAUACCGUAUGGUUGGGACCGAAGAUGUACGUUUAUUCUGCAAUGGAUAUUAUGCUGAGGUCAUUAUAAUGAAUCCAUUUACAUUAGAAAUUAUUUUCUCUUUAUCAUCACGUGUCAAUCCUGACUGGAUAAGUGCCUUAUAUGUAUUGAAACCUCACACAUGUAAAGAUGAUGUUGUUUUGGGAUUGACUACAACUGGAACAGUAAAAGUGUGGACUUUAGAGCCAAGAGACUAUGGACCUACAGAUGUUUCAGUAUACGAAAAUGAAAGUAAACAAAUCAGAUGCCUUAAUGCUUUGACUAUGGCUUGCUGUUCUCAACACCAAAGAACUGUGUUAAUUGUCUGUUCAAAGUGUUGGCAGAUAUAUGAUGCUGGUGAUUUCUCAGCUUUAUGUACAGUCUAUGCACCUCGAGGAGAACGUUGGUUGGGUGGAGAAUUUUUAGCUCCUGAUCGCGUUCUUAUUUGGACAGAUGAUGGCAAAGGUUAUCUUUACAAACUACCGGCAAAUAGUAUUGUUGAAAAUAAAAACUUCCAUAAGCAAGCUGAGGAUGGUGAUAUUCCCUAUUUAUACAGUUUACUAUCUGUGACUUCAAACACGCACUUAUACUGUUCUCCAGCUAUUCGGUUUUAUGAAUCUUUUCAACAUGGAAAAAUAUUGAUAAGAGGUGAUUCAGAAGGAGCUGUUAAUAUAUGGAAAAUUCCUGAACUUUCUCCAGCUCAACUAUCAGUUAUUAAAGAAAAUGAUUCUCAAAAAAAAUUAAUUGGUCUUUCUCCAUUUAUGAGUACAAGUUUAUCUAAGGCAUGGGAAUCUAUGAAACCCAAUCCAGUUGGAAUUCUCAACCAAUUGGACUGUGAAAAUGUACCACAUAUCAAGUUGACUGCUAGUAUAUACUUGGCAGGUCAAAGUCGUCUAGUCAUUGGUCGUCAAGAUGGUUCCAUCGUUAUCAUUCCAGCUACUCAAACAGUAAUGUUACAACUAUUACAUGGAAAUCAUCAACACUACAAAGAUUGGCCACCGCACCAGAUUUUACUGGGCCAUAAUGGACGAGUCAAUUGUUUGCUCUAUCCACAUCAUAUGCAUCCAAGAUAUGACAAGUCUCAUUUAUUAUCUGGAGGGGUAGACUUUGCUAUAUGUUUAUGGGACUUAUAUGCUGGAACAUUGCUACAUAGAUUUUGUGUUCAUGCUGGAGAAAUAACACAACUUCUAGUCCCACCCAAUACAUGCGCUAAUCCUAGAAUAUUGAAAUGCAUUUGUGCAGUUGCAAGCGAUCAUUCCGUUACUUUGUUAAGUUUGUCUGAACGUAAAUGUGUGGUGUUAGCAUCCAGACACUUAUUUCCUGUUGUUACAAUUAAAUGGCGUCCUUUAGAUGAUUUUAUGAUUGUUGGUUGUUCUGAUGCCACUGUUUAUGUUUGGCAAAUGGAAACUGGUCACUUGGAUAGAGUUUUACAUGGAAUUAGCGGGGAACAAGUUCUAUAUGCAUGUGACGAAAACACAACCAUAUCUAGUACAGUAGAUUCGGGUCUGGCUAAUCCUGCAGUACAUUUCUUCAGAGGGUUACGUCAUCGUAAUAUCAGUGCUAUUAAACAUGCAACACAGAGAGGAAUCCAUCAAUUGCAACAAUUGCAUCAUUCAGCUCAUUCCGAUGGCACAGAUCAUAGUAAAACAAGAGCUUACCCAUUAAUGGUACAAGGACUUCGAACUAACCCUAACGAUCCAGAAUGUCAUAUAUUAUGUUUUGAUAUUGAGGCUCUAGUUGUGCAACUGUUGAGUGAAGAGUAUGGGUUGAUGUCUCCAAAAACAAUGGAAGCACAGGGUCUAAUAAAUGCAACAGAGUUUCAAAAAAUAACUGCUCUAACACAGUCUGUAUCUUCUGAUGCUCAUAAAAAAAUUGCAGACUUUUUUGGAAAAGUUAAGGACAAAGCCGACAAUAUGGAACGCAUUUUGAAAGAAAAAGAUAAACAUGGAAUUUUACCUAAAAGAAAGGAUGGUUCAGAAACUAUACUAACAAAACUACAGUCUGUAAUUGAAGGUUUUGAUAGCAAAUCAAAUGAUAAAGGUUUGAAUCUUAGUGGAGUAGUGUGUCGUAAAGUAUGUGGCGCAAAUUUGACGAUGGAGAUUGCCCAAUUGUUGAUGUCAUUACUGUAUGCAUGGGGUUUAGAUUUUGAAGUAGACAAAAUUUGUGAAACUAAACUCGGAUUAUUGCGUCCAAUGAUUCCUGUAUCAUUUGGAGUUAUUUCAAAAGGCGGUUUUAUGAGCUUAUUGUUGCCUACAUGGCAAAGUAGUAUUGAUCUUGAAGAUAAUUAUGUUAAAUCCAGCAAUGGCCCACUGAUGGAUUUACCACCAGAGAUGGUAAGGCUUGAAUUACUGACUAGGCUUUUCACCGCGAGAACUCACUGGGAAGUAAGCACUACAGUAACUAGUCAGCAUUUAAUUGCUAUAGUGGCUAUAGCCAAUACACUAAUAUCCAUGAGUGCUCCAUGUUUCCUUGAAAACACAUUCUCAAGGCAACAAUCUGUGAAAAGUCGUUCAGAGGAAGGAAAUGGAGAACAGAGUACUUCACAGGUUGCAUUUAUCAAACAAGGAUGGUCCCAACUAAAGACGUUACAUUGUAAAUCAUUGCCUGAAAAAAUUGUCAAUCAUGGGUCAAAGAGUUACAAACGAAUUCAAAUUGAAAUGCUAGCACACCGUUGGCAACACCAUUGUUUGGAGGUGCGAACAGCAGCUCAAGAAUUGUUGUUAGCAGAAUUAGAACGAAUUGGGCCUAAAGGUCGUAAAACAUUAGUAGAAUUUUGGGUUCAAUAUUUACCAGUAAGCAACUCUAACGGUAACAUGAAACCUACCGCAGUUAGCUCUAACAAUUUAACCAAUCUAAACAUUAAUGAAAAUGUUGAAUCAUCAGCAAACAUUCAAGAUGAUGAUGACGACGAUGAAGAAGAAGAUUUAUGUUUAAGAAAACCAUCAUCUAUAAAUGAAUUGCGUCGUAAACAGACAACUGCUGUAAUUUUGAUGGGUGUAAUGGGAGCCGAGUUUGGCCAGGAAGUUAAUGCGUCUGAUAAUGUUAGUAUAUCAAGCCGUUCACAGUCUGGAACAUCUAUUAGAAGAAAAAGUUCAAUUGUGGAAGGUUUUGGUAUAGGAAAUAAUAAUUUAUCAAGACUAACAAGUUUGGCAUUAACUCAAUUGCUUUUAACACCAUCCUCUAUCAAAUUGCCCGCUCACAUGGCAUUACGAAGAGCAGCAGUAGAUUUGAUUGGCCGUGGUUUUGCUGUAUGGGAACCUUAUUUUGAUGUCAGCAAAGUGUUAUUAGGGAUAUUGGAAUUGUGUUGUGAUAAUGACAAACUGGUUCCUAGCAUGUCUUAUGGGUUACCUUUGACACCUUCUGCUGAUUCAUACCGAACUGCUCGGCAUGCACUCAUAUCAAUAGCAAAUGUUCGCCCUGCUGUGUUCAUAACAACUAUUGCCAGAGAGGUGGCUCGUUACAACAGUAUGCAACAGAAUACUCAAGCUAUGAAUAUGGCUAUAAGUAAUUCAGUUUUGCACAGAGCAAAACCAGAAAUUUUAUCUAUCGUGGAACAUUUGAUCGAGAAAAUGCAUGUUGAAAUGACAGAUUUACUAGUGGAGGUAAUGGACAUCAUACUGCACUGUGUAGAUCCAACACAACUCAAAACCCGUCCUCUGUCUGAGAUUUCUCCAGCCAUAAGCAGAUUCGGCCAGGUGACCCAUUGUUCAACAUCUAGACGUAUAGCUGUGGGCACCAAAAAUGGCACAAUUGCACUAUAUGAAUUGAGAUCGUCCAAAUGCCAGACCAUUAAUGCACACACUGCAGCUAUCUGUGCAUGCGCAUUUUCACCAGACGGAAAAUUCCUUGUGUCAUACAGUGCAGCAGAAAACAAAUUAUCCUUCUGGCAAACGUCUACUGGUAUGUUUGGUUUAGGCAACAGUCAAACUAAGUGCACUAAAUCAUAUAGCACUCAGAAAAAAGAUUCGAUACGUGCUAGCCAACUGCGGCAAAUCAAGUUGCACUGGGCAAGUAACCGCAGCGUUCGAUUUUUUUCAGACGGUUUAGAAACAACAUUUGUUAUUUAAAUUGUAAAUACAAUUUAAAUGCAAAUAAAGAAAAAUAGAUUGUUUUGUUGUUGAUAUAACAAUUUUAUUAGAUCGAAAGGCUUUUGCUAACAAUACAUUUCCCAUAGUUUUAUUAUUUUGGCUUAAUAACAUAGUGUAAUUGAUUUAAUUAAGUAUUUAAUUGUAUAUUAUUAUACAUGCAUAAUUAUUGUUUUCAUAUAACCAAUUUGUCUUUAUAGGUUUUAAGUUUUUUUUUUUUAGUAUAAUCUUUUAAUUGUUUACAUAAUAUUAUUGAUCCAUUUUAUUUUAAUAUUACCCUAAGACAUCAUAUUAUUAUCUAAUUAGACAUCAAUUUUGUUUCAAUUAUAUUUUUACAUUCUUCAAUCCUGUUAACUAUAUAAAGAUUCAAUCCCUCAUGUUAAUUCAUUAUUAUUUUUGUUCUAUUUAAUUCAAGUUAUCUUAUUAUGUAGUUGUAUUAUAGAUCUCAUAUGUGAUUUUUUUUUUAAUUAUAGUAUAGAAUGUUUGUGUAGAUAACUUAUAAAUUAUAACUUAAGUUAAUCAUUAUUGUAUGUUUACUGAAUGUCGUUCCACGUGUUGUGAAUUUGAAUGAUAAGCCACUACCGUUUAUACAAAGUUUAAGUAGAACUAUUAAAGCUUAGAAAAUUACAUGUAAAAUAUUCUAAAUGAUUGUCUAACAAUGAAAAUACUGAAAUUUUCUUUUUUAUUUUUAUUAUUAUGCAUUGGUUACUCCAUUAUUUUUUAAAAAUAAUUAUUUAAUAUAAACAUUAAAUUAAUAUGGUCUUUUAACAAAUUUUAAAAUGUAAUAUUUUUGGUUUUUUAAAAAUGUUUUUUUUUAAUUAACUGAUAACUGAAACAGCAAACUGCACAACUUGACAACGCUCCCAAUUACUGAAUAUUCUUAACUUCAGCUUUUAUGUAUCUAUUGUACAUUGUGUCAGAGUGCCACAUAAUUUAUUUUUUAUUGUCUAGUAUUUUUUUUUCUAUAUUAAUGUUUUGAAGAUAAAUACAAAUAUUGUUCACAGUUUUUAAUUUUACACCACUAAAUAUUUUUCAUUGAGUUAUCUAAAAUUAAUAACAAUGACCAAAUACAAAUAAAUGUUUAACUUUGAAUUUGUUAAUAGAUCCAAUUUACUCUAAUUUAAAAUAAAUUUUCAAUAUCAUGUA